AGGUCCUGAGCAAGGAUGCAGCAGCCAGAAGCUGGUGAUAAGAGCAGACCCCUUCCCUCACCAUGUCCACCUCAGGCCAGCCUCACUGAUGUCUCAUUCUACACACGCCGCUGCAUCAGUGAGGAUCUCAGCUGGUCCCUGGUCACUGUCCCCCCCCUCACGGAGCUCUGCCUCCAGCACAUCGCUCACAAUUUCGAAAACAACCCUAUUUUGAACGAUCUUCUGCCUGAGCACCAAAAGAAGGUGGUGGAGAGGCUCUCCACCAGCCUUCCUCUCACUGUGACUGCCAACACAGUAAGCCAUGAGGAGUACUGGAAGAGGUGCUGUAUGGAGCGCUGGCAAGUGUGUGACGUCUCCAACUAUGGAGACAGCUGGAAACGGAUGUUCUUUGAACGUCACCUGGAGAACAUUCUGAAGUUUUUCAUCCCUAACACCACAGACCCCGAGCAGGUCCUAGAGCUCAUCCCGCUCUGCAAAGGCUACGUGCGGAAACUGGAGAUCAAUCAGUUCCUGCCACCUUUGCAGGUGGAUCCAAAGGAGGAGGGCCAUGACCUCUCUGACGCAGAGGAUGAGGCUGAAACUGGUGAGGUCUACAAGCAUCACUACAACCUGAAAGAGCUCAUUACUUCUCUUCCUCACCUUGAAGAGCUUCAUCUCAUCUAUGAUGUGAAGAGCUGUGGCAUGAACUUUGAGUGGAACCUCUUUAACUUCACUGAGCUGGACUGCUCCAACUUGGCUUCUGCCGUGAAGAUGUGCCGUAACUUGAAAGUUUUCAAGCUGACACGAAGCAAAGUGGAUGAUGACAAGAUCAAGCUCCUGGCCCGUAACUUGCAGCAUCACCCUUGCUUGUUGGAGCUGGACUUGUCCCACAAUCUCAUCAGGGACCACGGGGCACAAGCUCUUGGCAAGCUGAUCAGCCACAGCAGACUAGAAACCCUCAAUCUGUGUAACAACCAGAUCUGUCACCUGGGGGCUCAGGCUCUUGCUCAAGGCCUGGCUGAGAGCUCCACCCUGACCUCCCUGAACCUGCGCCUCAACUUUGUGGAGGACAAAGGUGGGGAGGCGAUCGGCCGUGCCCUGCUGACCAACACCAGCCUGAAGUGCCUCCAUCUGGGAAGUAAUAACCUGUCAGAGCCAACUGCAGCAGUGUUCUCCCAGGUCCUGGCUCAGAACGCCUCUCUGACGAGCAUCAACUUCUCAUGCAAUCACCUGGGGCUGGAUGGUGGGAAGCAGCUGCUGGAAGGGCUGGCAAACAACAAGACUUUGACCGAGCUUGAUCUCCGCCACGCAGAGGUGGAACAGGAGACAGAUUUCCUCAUUCACGAAAUUGUGUGGGCCAAUCGGGAAGCAGUGAGGCUAGCAUCUCUGCAACACCCCACCACUGAACCCCUCUGA